UUCCCCAUUGGGGCCUAGGCACUCCUGUUGCCUAAUCUGCAAUAGAAAACACUGUCGAAAAUACAGCUUAAUAUGUUUCUUUGGAUCAGCUGGAAAGCCUUGCACAUCAUGGGGAGGGAAUGACGGAUGUGUCUGAGUGUUGACACAAAAUCCUGAGCCACAAGGCAUAGGCCAGCCAGAGCUGCAGGGCUCCGUGGCUGUAGGUGACGAUGCGCAUACAGCCCUGCACACUGGGGACAGCAAGCUGUCCUGUUUUAGGAAUGCCUGAGAUUUUCUUCCAUGCCUAAUGUAGCCUUUGCUCCCAACUGUUUUGACAGGUCUGCCAUUUACAUCGUGUAAUCCAUGUGCAGAUCAUGGAAGUGACUGAACUUUCUUCAUAAUGUGGAGUUAAAAGCAAAUAAGCGUGCAUGCUGCCAGGGAUGCAGAGAGCAGCCUUAAAGGAGGCAAAGAAAAGUGAAAACAGAAGUGAAAGCAACCCUGGAAUAUUGCUGUGUGCCCUUAAUUUGUUUAAAGCUUUUAUUAACAGGUCCCAGUGCUCAUCAACAGUCUCAGUCCUGUGGUCAAAAUCAGGUAGCCACAGCAAAACCUAUAUGAAGAUGCAGUAUACUUAGGCCUAAACCAACCAGCACUUUUUUAAAGUACCUGUAUUAGAAAAUUGACUUUGCAGCUCAAGUUGAAAAAAACUGUCCUCCAUGGGUGAAAAUUGGGGUUUUCUCCUGUACAAUUGCUUUUUAAACACCUGUGACAUGGUUCACCAUGAAGAGCUGUGGCUGGAUCCAGGAUACGGCUGCUGUUCCAGAGGUGGACACAGUCAUCUGAUACCAGUGGAAAAGCAAUGGGUCUACACCCUUUCUUGAAGCCCCAAAUACUCUACUUGCUCUCCAUUUCUUACUUCAGAGACUCCAGAGGAUGAUCUCCCUCCAGAAGGGAAGUGUGAAUACUAAGGAUGCUUUUCAAUCAAUGCAACCCAUUGUAAAACAGAGGUAGGAAGCAUCUUCUGCCUGGGAACAAAGCAUAAAGUUUCCUCUCAUCUGUUUCUACACCUUAGAAGAAAAUAGCUCAAAUCAUUGCCAGUGACUAGGGACAAUGUGGAAAUGGAAAUUAAAACGAGCAAAACAUCCCCAUGUAGUCCGUAAUGGGUAGGGCUUUUUUCUAGGUGUGUCUUAACACAUAAUAGUGAGUUAACACCAAAACUAGUGGCAGCUGAGCUAUCAUCGGCACUGUAAGGCUUUUUAAGUUGUUACAGUGACUCUAUCCUGACACUGUAGAUAAGACUGUGCUUGAUUUUUCACUUACAGCAGGAGUUCUACUUUUCAGAAAAGCGUGGGUAAGCAUUUAAUUAGUUUUUAAGCUCUAAUCAUGGAAAAUAUAGUUCACUCAAGAGUUCGCUUUCAACCUCUAAUCAUUCAUCGGGCUCCUCUGAGCUUAAGAACUGUAAAAGUGAAUCUAGCACAUAGUGAAACUUUGUUGAGGUCACAGUUGCUAUAAUGGCUUUGUUAACUACUCAAAACUCCUUAACAGGGUAACUUCAUUUAAGCAGCGCUGCACAGAAUAGGUGUUAUAGCAGGGCUGUAACAGGGUCAGCAGUACAAGUCAGGGGUACAGGCUACCUCCCUGAGCACUGACCACUCUGCCCACAGCACAUCCCAUUUGCAGCCGCAAAAGCAAGGAGAAGAAGAGCCGGAGAGGGGCAGGACAGAUGGCAAGUGGGAAGGCUGGCGGAGCCGGCAGCUCGGCGGCAGCAGGAGCUGGCAGCCUGCCUCAAGCAGAGUUAAGGUUGUGAAGUGGUGUCUGGUGUACCUGGCAACCGCUCUCCCAGUGCCGUAAGUGCCACUGGGAGAGGAUGGAGGGGCUUACACCCCACAGAAUGCCUGAGCUUUUGACUGCCAUGGCUUUACAUCAGGUGAAUAAUGUACAGGGAAUCCCAAGUCACACGUAGCACCGUUUCUAUACAGCUGAGGUGUUGCACAUCCAGGUCCAGCAUCAAGCCCACGGAAGCCUGGUUAAGGAAAGACUGGUAAUACUGGACUAGGGGAAGACAAGGGCUGGAAACAGCUGCUGGUGAGAGCUGGGACUGGCAGGGUGGGAGCUGACAGCAAGGGGCAGAGAGCAGGUCACGAAGUCACCCUCCUGGCAAGGAGCUAACAGUAGGCAACGGGAGUGACUUGCAAAUGUGGAGUCUGCAUAACCUGACAUUACCAGCGAAGGGGAUGGGAUCAGUCAGAGACUUCUGCAGGUCACUGCAUAUUUGGCUAUGGGAGAGAAGGGACUUGUGGCCGGAGGCAUUUUUCAUACCCAUGCAACUGAUUGCCCUUAGGAGCUGCACUGGGAAUUGUGGAGUACAACGUUCAAUUAGUGUGGUAACAAAAGUGAUUCAGCACAAGGCAUCAGCAUGUUACUUUGAGUAGCUCUCACAAACCAGCAUGGUGCGUCCUGGAGGACAAGAGCUAGGAGAGCCUGAGUGCCCACGGGUCUCCUCACCCUGCAAUGGGCAGAGGGAGUACAAAGCACCACAGAGGCUGGGGUGGUAGCAUCUGCCAGUAGGGUCCUGCCAGCAUGGGAUCCCUCUGACAUCCAAAAAGAUGGAGAACAGCCCCUUGUGGCUACCUGGAGGUGAGGUGGCCAGCCUGAAGUGCCAGUACCUGGUGCGGGAACGGGGUAGUGAGGGCUUGUGCUGAAAGGGUGGGAAUGACAGUGUGUCUGCAGGCCUGAGGUGUGCCAUGGUCCUCUGAAGGGGACUGUCUGUCAGCAGUCCAGGGCAGGAGCUAUAUCCCCUGCUUCCCACCAGCUGGUACUCAGAGUAGCAGGAUGCAACAGCUCACAUACAGAUGAGGUGCCUUCCUGGAGUGUGCUGCUGUGAUGCUCAUGUGAAAGCACUUUGUGUCUUCAGGAGGUAUAAAAAGGUGUGCUGAAGCUACGCCAUGGGUCAAAGUCAGGUCAAGAAAUAAAAUCCACAUGUCUUGGCUCCCAGGAUACCUUUUAACCAUUAGGUAUUUAAAGUGAAUUUCUAGUGGAGUUUUCACCUGCUGUGCUGUCACAUGUUAUUGCAGAAUGUGUCACAGGGAGAAGAGAGAAGCAAAAGGAAGCGAGAAGUGAUAUUUAUGAUGAAACCUCAUUUCUCACAGAGAAGCAUUAGCUGCUGGGAUACUACCUCAUCUUAACAGGAGCACCGUUAUAUGAAAACCUGGCAGUGCUGAGGUCCCAGCUGUGUUCAGAAACGUGCAACAAUGAGGAAACACACUCCCUGAAACUGACAGAGCAGCUGAAGCCUGAGCAGUAGCUGGAUGUUAUCAUGAGGGAUGCUCAGCUCAGCAGCAAAGGGAGAUGGCACGGCCACAGCCUGAGCUGCAGCAGCCCAGCACCAUGGGGUUGUGGGUCCUCUGAUGAAGUGUGCCUGGCAGGCUCUGACUGGGAUGUCACGUGUGGGAAAUGGGAAGGAUGGAGGUCGAGAGGUCAAAUCACAGAGCUACCUUGUUCUGGUUUUACCAGGUGAAAGGAUGGCAUUGCAGUAAGUGAGAACAAAACUUCAUGGUUCUGGACAAAGCUUGAGUCACAGAUCCCUUUGAAAGACUUCCCUAUACGUCACUGGAGCUUGGAUCAGUCCUGGAUCAUAUUUCUUGUGAGGACUUGAGAGCUGUUUCUAUCCCCAUUUAAAUCUCAAGCAAAGAUUAAAUGGUAUUCAUAAUAAUGAAUUAUUUUUGUCACUUGCAACAUCUCUAAACAGAGGCAUUCAACAACUAGGCUGCAAAUAGCUACUGAGGAAUUAACUCUCUUUGGCCUUCCUCCUCACAAGGCUGUCUCCUCCUGGCUCCCCACUUUCCAUCCCAAGGAAGCUGGUCUGUGGCUGGUGUCCAGCCUGGCUUCAGGUUAGUCCCUUCCUUCCCCAUGCUGAGACUGAGGGAAGGUCAGGCAGGACACACAGGACCUAUGGCAGUGGUGAGAACACUGAGGCACAGGACAUGAACUCUUCAAGGAUGAGGAGAGUACCUGCGACCCUGGGGACCCAAGAGUGGGAAGGGACAAGGUUUAGGACACCACUGAACUAUGGCUGUAACAUCCGCUAAUGCAGAUUCCUUGUUUGCACAGCACAGGAGAAAACACACAUGCUGGAGCACCACCAGCCUCCUCUCGCUGCUUGCUCCUCUCCCACCCCUGGAGAGCUGCUUCUUGUGGGCAAAGGUGGGUGUGAAAUAGGCAAUACAGGAUCCCUGUCGAACUGGGGCUUUCUCAAGCACAUAUGGGCCAACAGGUAGCUACUAUCCCCUUCUCCCCGCUGUCCCCAUCCCUCCAGGCUGAAGCAAUGGGAGCUGGUCCCACUUGCACUCCUGUUUUCCCUUGGCUGGUGUUGGGUUUCCCUUGAUUUCAGCAAAGCCGCCAGUGACACCAGUGCAAGUUGCAAGCCAGGAAGUCACACCUAGCUGAUCCCCUGGGGCUGUGCUACUGCAUCCCAGGAGCUUCCCUGAGGAUACGUGAUGCUGUUAUCGGCUGACUGUUAAGUGUUGAGGCUCUGCUGGAGAGAGGAUUAAAUACUACCAUUUUGUGCACCUUCCCACCCUGAGAUGUGCUCCCUGACAGCUCCAUUGAUGGAAGGAGGAGAUUAAAUCUCUGCAGGGAUUUAAACAAUGAGAAAACAAGUGAUCCCAGCUCACCACAGGAGGGCAACUGCUGAAGCGAAUGCCGAGUCAGUGAUGCUACAAACACGUGGAGUACAUGCAGAUUAUGAUGGGGUUUUCAAGGAGGCUGAAGCAUGAAGUCUGACAGAAGAGGGGAAAAAAAACAUUUUGACAAUAGAGAAAUGCAACGCCCCGUGAAGCAGUCCCUGAGUGCCUGCAUGUGCAGGGAGUCCCACUGGAAAUGUCUCCUCCUCUCCAUCCUCAUGUACGGCUGCCUGGGUGCAGUGGUCUGGUGUCAGCUGGCUCGGGUCACCAAGCUCAGUUUUGAUAGCUCCUUCAAGGGCAAGUCCAUGAUCUACCAUGACAGCCCAUGCUCAGAUGGCUACGUCUACAUCCCACUUGCCUUCCUCUCUAUGCUGUACGUGGUAUACCUGGUAGAGUGCUGGCACUGCCACGUCAAGAGAGAGCUGCAGUACAAGGCAGAUGUGGACAGUGUCUAUGAAUGCAUCAACCGCAUGCAGCAAGCCACUCCAUGCAUCUGGUGGAAGGCCAUCAGCUACCACUUUGUGCGGCGAACCCGGCAGGUGACCCGGUACCGCAAUGGUGAUGCCUACACCACCACACAGGUCUACCAUGAGAGGGUCAACACCCAUGUGGCUGAAGCUGAGUUUGACUACUCUCACUGUGGAUACAAGGACAUCUCCAAGGAGCUCCUGGGCCUGGAGAGCUACACGGCCACCAAGCUGAGGUUCACCAAGUGCUUCAGCUUUGCCAACACUGAGUCUGAGAACUCUUACCUGACUCAGAGGGCUCACUUCUUCACGGAGAUUGAGGGUCUGGAUGACUACAUGGAGGUGAGGGAAGGCAUGCAGCUCAAAAACGUGGACUUCAAAGAGCUUAUGAUGGCUUACGGGGACCCGGAUCACCUCCCAUGGUAUGUGUCCCACUAUGCCUUCUGGGUGGCAGCUAUCCUCAUGAUCUCGUGGCCGCUCAGGGUACUCAUAGAGUAUCGGACUGCUUACGUCCACUACCACGUGGAGAAACUGCUGGGUCUGGAGUACACAGCACCCACGGCGGUGGAGGAGCCCUUGUACCGAUACCGCAUGCCUCGCGACGCCACACAGGACAGCACGGAGCUGGAAUGGCACAUCUGCACCAACCGGCAGCUGAUCCCGAGCUACUCGGAGGCCAUGCUCAUGGACCUGGCCAACUCCCCAUCCUACGCAGUGUGCCGGUAUGGCCAAACAGCCCAUGGCUGCGACCGCUGCAACCGCGCCUCCAGCACCUCCUCCAUCUUCUCGCGCCACGCUUUCCAUAGCUGCAACUCCCGCCUCUCCCUCAACACCAGCCGCUUCUCCCUGUGCCGCGUCCAUGGCUCCCACAGGACAGGCCUCUGGAGGAGCCGCAGCAGCAGCAUCGCUGACCGGGGCUGCCAGGACGAGCAGUGCUGCUCCUACUCCAGCCAGCUGGCCAUCAAUGAGAACCCCCCGACCUACCAUGAUGCCCGCUUCUUCCCCGUGCUCAUUGUGCACCGGCCGGAGGGGCACAGUGGGCAGCCUUUCUACGUCAGGCGCUCCUCCUGCCUGGAAACCUCACUGUGACAUCAAUCCAUGAUUUCCCGGCUCCUCUGCCCCGGGAUGGGGCUUGCAAAGGUGCUGCCAGCGGGGAGCCUGCAAGCAUCAGUUCCCACAGUGGGUCGGCGGGAUGAGUUUUAGCUCUUCCCCCUGCCAUUGCAAGAAGAUGCAGUCACUCUGACCAACAGCUAACCUCAUUUCCCUCCUUCCACUGGUCUCCCUAGGCUUCUAUUCCCCUCUUCCUUUCACUCUUUCACACCUCACCCCUUCUUUGCUCCUCAGUUCCCUGCCUCCCCUCCCAUCCCACCCCAGUCUUGUUCUUUACAUUUCAGUCACAGCAUUGUUGCCACUGGAGGAUUUAUAAAGCCUGUGCUCUGCAGUUUAUUUGCUCUCCUGGAUGCCCUGAAAGGUAAGAAACUCCAAUAAAGCACGGCAAAAGGCCAGAGUCAGAAGGAGAAUCAGAUCUGCAGACACAGAGUAACCAUCUGCAAAACCCAAAUAAGUUGCUUUUUAAAUUUAUUUUCACCAGUCUUUUUUCCUUUUCUUCUCUCAUUUAUUGUCUCUUUUCUUCAUGUUCUCUUCCUCUCGCUUUACCCUCAUGUUCCUUAUUCUUUUUUUCUCAGUUUUCUCACAUCUGCCUUCCAGUUUUUAUGGGGUUUUGCCAGUAAGGAAGUCUUUCAGGGUGUAUUUCUCUUCCACUGGGCAAAAAUAAGGUAUUUGCAGCACAAACAUCACUGCUGACACAAACACAGCCUAUACCCCUGAGAAGUGCUGAGGACUUUCUUUCCAGAGCAAUGACACACAACAAGAAAGCAAAAUGCCCUUUGCUCACCUUGCCCUGCCUGGACUGCAGCAGAGACACCACUGCAUUUCCAGCUGUAGUUAACCUUGUCCAGCUCCACCCCUGUUAGCAAUCCUUAUGAGCUGUAAUGUAGAUCAGUGCCCUGUUAGCGCCACUAUUUUUAGGACUGUGGGUCUGAUUUGUGGUUGUUUCAUUCCCACCACUUGCUCAGAGCAGCACAGGCUGGACAAGGGAAGAGGAGCUGCAGACGGAAAGGUAAAUGUGGUAUUAACCCUCCCAGGGAUAGUCUGGAGUUGUUAGGAAGCUCUUCCACCUACAGUGUCUAUUAGAGCAGUUGCAGGACUGCUCUACAUUAUCAUUCAACUCUCUGUGUGCCCUGGGAAGGCUUUUUGGCCAGUAGUCCACUGCCGCCUUCCCACCCUCCCAGGCAGGAUGCGGUGACACCCUGGCCCCAGGCAGGGAGCACAGCGGGGAGCCAGCCCCACCGGCCAUUCCUGCUGGGCUAAUGGCUCUUCCCAUAAGGCUUCCCCCAGAGCCGGUGCAGCACCUUCCGGAAUUAGUCCCAUCAAUGCCAAACCCAGAAGGUGUCCUGCUGUGCUCUGGGCUGUGGGCUGCCCUCCUGGCCCAAUGGAGAGCCUCGAGAGCCAGGGACCAACUCAAGAAGCUUAUGGCCACACUGAGGACCAGCCAGGGACCUUGCACUUAGCAGACCUCCAUCCCACAAGGGAUGGUCAUAUGCUGAGCAAGCUCCAUACCAUGUUGUCGUGUGGAUGGUGGAGAUUAUUACCCACUAUGACUCACAGGAGAAUGCAAUACGAUCGCAAUACUGUCACUUUAGCAAACAAAGUGUUGUCACACCCUACAGCAAAUAGGUAAGAAACUGAGCCCCAAGAAGGGCUGGUAACAAAUGCUUUCUCCCAGGUCUGUUCUGUGUGCAUCUACGUGUGAUUUGAGAUUUGUAAAGUCAUAUUCGUAUGUGUAGAUUAUAUAUAACUCUGCGUACUUAUAUGGUGGUUUCUUAUGGCAUUGACUGUUGCACCAUGUUAAAUACAUUUUGUUUUGGUUUG